UGAAGAUGAGCAGCCAUGUUUCCAUCUCAGUGGUUGUCAUCGUCCUUGUCCCUGUUGUCCUCCUGCUCAAUUCCCAUGUAGGGUUGUGCAGCUGCUACAAGCGCAUCUUCAGUUUUGGCGAUGAUAGUAUGGAUACUGGCAAUUUUGUGCAUUUGAUUGGGAAGAAUGCAUCUAAGUACAAGGAAGCCCCCUAUGGCAAUACAUUUUUUAGGCACCCAACUGGCCGCAUGUCCGAUGGCCGUGUCCUCAUUGAUUUCUAUGCGCAAGCACUGAAGCUGCCAUUGAUACCACCAAUUUUACCUAAGAAGGACUCUGGACAUUUUCCACACGGUGCCAACUUUGCUGUGUUUGGUGCCACGGCACGUGAGCAACUCUUCUACUCAGGCAGCCCCUGGUGUCUAGGCACACAAAUGGGAUGGUUCCAUAAUAUGGUGGAUCGUAUAGCUCCUAGAGACGCUGCCAAGAAGCAAUUUCUAAGUGAUUCUCUUGUCGUGAUGGGUGGAAUUGGUGGCAAUGACUACUACUCAUAUUUCAUCGCCGGUAAACCUAGCAAGGAUGGAAAUAUCAUUCCAGAUGUCAUCGCAUACAUAGAACAUUUCAUCGAGGAGCUUAUUUGCAGUACAGGUGCGAAAGCGUUCCUGAUCCCCAAUAACUUCCCCAUUGGUUGCUUCGCAUCAUACCUAAGUAGGUUCCAUAGUGACAACCCUGAGGACUAUGAUGAGCAUGGGUGCCUUAGGUGGUUCAACGAGUUCUCGCAGACGCACAAUGAACAACUUUAUUCUGCCAUCGGACGGAUCAACAUCACUUACCCUGAUGUGAAGCUAAUAUAUGCUGACUACUACAAUGCCACCAUGGAAUUCAUCAAGAACCCCGGCAGAUUUGGUAUUGGUAAUCCUCUAGUCGCAUGUUGUGGCGGUGAUGGACCAUACCACACCAGCAUGGAGUGCAAUGGCACGGCAAAACUUUGGGGUGACCCACACCACUUUGCCAAUUGGGAUGGCAUGCACAUGACAGAGAAGGCAUACAACAUCAUCGUGGAAGGGGUGCUAAAUGGACCAUUUGCUGAUCCUCCAUUUCCACGGAGUUGCUAGGAUUAGCUAGACUUGGAAUUCCUUGCAACAUGUAUCCAACUAUUUUAUAAUAAUUGUAGUGUUUUGUCUUUGCACUUC